GGCUAUUAACACUCGGUCCAGCAGCCGGUACGGUACCCGGGCCAUUUGGGAUGUGCACGCGUUCACACCCGCGCGCGGCCCGGGGCGCCUUCACGCGCUGCCGUUUUGUUUAUGCGGAACGAGGGCGGCCCGGGGUGCGAAGGUCUGCGACAGCAGCCGGCCCAGAGGGCUAGAUAAAGCGGGGCUGCGGCGCCGAAGCCGCCUCCCCGCCAUGGACAGCACCGAGGGCGCCCAGCGCGCGCCCAGCCCAGCGCGCUCGCCCUCGCCCUCGCGCAGCCGCCGCUCGCCGCCCGCGCAGCCCGGGUACUUACCAUCCAUCCAUCCCCGCUCACUCUCCACCCUCGCUCCGUGCCCACCGCCUGGAUCGCCUGGCCCCGGCUCAUCCCUGCGCGCCCUCACCUCAGCCCCUGCCCUGUGCCCGCCGCCCGUACCCCCCCUCCCCGCCCCCGGUGCCCGCGCUCGGUCGCAGUUGUGUUCCGCGGCCAGGCUCACGUUCUCUGUGCGCGGCUUGCGCCUGCUUCCAUCCUGCAGGUCCGAGGGCUUCUGGAGACCUUGGCUUCGAACUCCCGGAGAGAAAUCGGAGCGGGCGGAGCCCCAUGCUACACGGGCGUUGCUCAGCGGCCCUGGAAUGACUGAAGCUUCAGGGAAGCUUUCUCAGUACCAACACCCUGUCAGACUGUUCUGGCCCAAGUCAAAGUGUUACGACUACUUAUAUCAAGAAGCAGAAACUCUUCUGAAAAAUUUCCCAAUUCAAGCUACAAUUUCAUUUUAUGAAGAUUCUGAUAGUGAAGAUGAAAUAGAGGGUCUGGCCUGUGAAAAUCAAUCUAAUUAGUUGCUUCUGUUGACAAUGGAGCUGUGUAGGAUUUGGAUUUUGUGUAUAAAUGUAUCAUAAACUUUUAAAACUAAUUUAUUUGUAUAUAAAUUAUUAAUAAAAUAUUUUGUAAUCACUAUGGUAUUUUGGCUUCUCUUUGUCCCCACACUAGAAUUAAAUGUUGGGAUUUAAGAUAGGCAUCAUGUACAAAUGUCUUGAUUGUGUUAUAAAAAUAUAGGGCUCACCAGGAUAUAUUUGCUCUGUUUAUUAAAUUGCAACUUUAUAUUUAGUUAUAAUUUUUUUAAAGAAAUAAUAGUAUUUUUAAAGACUGGCUCUUGUGAUGUCUGUUGGCUGAUAUUGAUCUCAAUUGGAUAUUUAGUUACAGAUGGUAUCAUUUUGUUAGUGUUAGUAAAGAAAAUUGUGCGAUGCACCUAAAAUCUCAUAUACAUAGUAUAUGUUUGCUAGCUCAUGGUGAAAGUGCUUUAGGUAAUUAUUUAUAGUUGAGUGAGAAAAACAAGUGGGUCUCUUAAAUAUUAAGGACUGUAAUUAAGUACCAAGUAGCUUGACUCUCACUCUAAUAUUUUCCUGUUGUCCUUAAUCUGGUAUUCAGUACUUACUGUACAUUUUGAGGGAUUCCUAUAACUUAACAA